UUCAGAGUUCAGUCGAUGGUAAUGAUGAAGAAGACUACAAUGAUGCAAACUAGUACUUUAUCUAAGUCUGGAGGUCUUCAAGAAAAUGGAGGGUACAGCAUCAGUCAGAGCUCAGCAGUGGAGGAGCAUGGCUAUAGGAGAAUAGGAGAGGCAGUUCCUGAAGAGUAUCACAGCUCUGAGAAGUCUGUUGUUCAUGAGGUGGAUCGUAGCACACCAACAAAGACAGUUGUUACCACUGCAGUUCUAAAUAUGGAUACACCAGCAGUCACAACCGGACCUGCAGCAGUUUGGGGUAAAUUCUCUACCAGCACACCUAAAUACAUAGCACCUCGGUUUCUGAAGCCAGUUUCAAGUACUCUAGUUGAAGUGGGAGAGAAGGUCUGUUUAGAAGGACAUAUUGAAGGAAAUCCAGAACCAACUGUCAAGUGGUUUAAAAAUAAUUUGGAACUUCACUCUAAACCAGAGGUUUUGAUAUCUUUGACUAAAGGAAAAGCAUCUCUGCUUAUACCGAAGGCGACUGAGAGUGAUUCUGGCAGAUAUUCCUGUUCUGCCACGAAUGAAGCUGGACAAGCAACAAGCACGGCAGAAGUUGUUGUUAAACCUCACAGAGUACCACCAAAGUUCAUUAAACGACUACAGGCUUGUGUUGUAAAAGCAGGGGAAAAAAUUGAACUUGAUAUUGAAGUGGCAGGUGAUCCUCUCCCAGAAGUAACAUGGUACAGAAACAAUGAACCUGUUAAAAAUUCACCAGAUUUUCGACUGAAGUCAGAGGGAAGUAAACAUUUAUUAGUUAUUCCAGAAGCUUUUCCUGAUGAUACCUGUACUUUAACUGUGAAGGCUACUAAUUGUGUUGGUGAAGCUCAGAGCACAGCAAAUUUAAUUGUGGAAGAAGAUCUUGGUGAAGUGGAUCAAAAAGUGACGUAUAAGGAGUUCUCGGUAGUAGAACAAAAGAAAGAGCUAGUCACUAAGGUCUCUAUGGCACAGUCUGCUGGCCCUGAGCCUCUUCAGCUGCCAUCUGUGACUGCACCCCCAACUCUUCCUGUUUCUGUACUUUCUGCACCCCCUUAUACUGCUGGGAUUCAUACUAAAACAGUACCACCUACUUCAUCCCCAAUGCCUGUUGCUCCUAGUGAGAAGUUUUGGCCUGAAGGCAUGCCUGAAAAAGGUGCUUCUCCGGAAACUAUGAAAGUGGUACAUGUACUCCCACAAGAACUUGUGAUGGUUGAGAAAGUUGAUGAGAGUAAAAAACCAUUCUAUAUCAGACCUCUACCAACAACACCAGAAAAGGUGUUUACUUCCCAACCAAAACUUGUUCCAGUGAAAACUGAAGAGGGUGAGCAAGAGAAGUUACCAAUACAGAAACCUUUACACCGGGUAAGAGAACCAAAACCGCUUCCCAAGGAAACCAUAUUUGGGCCAAAGAUAGAAAGUAAGAUUUCAGGGCCACUUACAUCUGCAAAACCUCAACCAGUUGAGAAAGUAGCAGAUGUUUUGUCUCCAUCUCCCGAGCUUGAGGCUGUUGGAGCACCUAAAGUACAAAAACUUGAAGGACAGAAACAUAAGCCAGCAGUCAUUGUUCCUGUAGUUGAAGAACCAAAAAUACAACAACCAUCAGCUCCUUUCACUCAAAAAUUUCCAACUCAAUUAAAACCUCAGCCUGAAGUGGUACCAUCCAAAGUUGUAAAAGUUGAGCAUCCACUUAAACCACAGGUUCAUGUUAUUCCUCAAGCAGAAUUUCCACCUCCCAUAACUCCAAAAGCUUCAAAAUAUAUUGGUCCACCUCCCCCUAAACCUUCUAAGUUUUUUCCAAAACUAAAUACCACAGAAGAAAAGGAAGACCAACCACUGAGGCUUAUUCCUAUUUGGAGCCCAGGAAGACAACCAGAAAAGACACCAACAUGGAAGUCUGUACAACCUCCAACAUGUAACCAAAGGAGACACUCUGCUCCAAUACAUUCUGAACCACCAGCACCUUCUACCUUUUCUUCUUCUCCUUACUUACCUGCUCAGCUUAGUAAGAUUGAACACACACCAAAUAUCCCAUCUACUAUACCUCGCCAAAAACCUAAAUCUGCUUCCAUAUGUGUUGCUGUUUCUCAAACAGACCCUGUUCUGAAACCAGGUCCUUUCCCCAAAUUUGGUUUUGUUGCUCCCCAAGAAUCUCAGAAAUCCUCCCUCCCCUUACAGAAAGGAACCUCUCAUACCUUACCCAAACCAAUAAUCAAGAAGGAACUGCCACCUGAACACAUAGCUAUUUCUGACACAGAAGCUGAACGCAGUGUCUCUCCUGUACCUCCAAAGCCAAAGAAAGAAAUCUGUUUCGAAGAAGCUCCGGUGAUUGCAGCUGAAGUGAAACCUCCUGUAUUUAUUCAAAAUAAUGAAAUAGAUCUUGUAGAUUUUGAAGAUUUUGGUAAAUUUUUGAUUGUUAGAAGAUGA